AUGGAGAUGGAAUGUUAUGCAAAUGUUGAAAAUAUAUAUGAAACCGGUCAGACUACUUCGAGACCACCUUCAAUUCCAAAACAAGACAACAAUAAAGCUACAAACAAGAAAACUAUCUUUGUUGUCGCAGUAUCUUUUGGAAUAUGCUUCAUUGUGUCUGCUGCUGUUUUUGUCCUCCUGAUUAUGCAACUCCAGAACAAGAUGGAACAUAUAACAGAAAAAUUGGACAAAAUGAGUGAGAUUGAUUCAUCUCUCGCCAGCAAUAUAAACGACACCCACAAACCUUCUUCAAGUAUAAAAGAUGAGUUGAGAAAAAUUAAGAAUGAAGUGAGACAUCUUGACUCCAAAAUACUCACUGGAGAUAACGAAUUGAAAGCAAACUUGACUGAAGCAAAUUUGAGGAUGAACAAAAUGUUUUCGAUAUCCGGAUGGUUCAGAGCAAGCAAUAAUCUCAUUUACAAACGUUUCACUGAUUCUGUCAACUACGCAACUGCAAAGGCUCAAUGUGAAGGAAUGGGAGCUCGUUUGGUUUCGACUGGAAUUAGGAACAACAAAGUGAAAAGUGAAAUAUUCCCGAAACAUUACCUAACCGGAGCGUUUGCAUGGAUAGGAUUGGACGACAUCAGCAAGGAAGGAAGUUGGGUUUGGUCGGACGGAGUAAAUAUAUCGCCAAGCAAGAUAUGGGCACCGGGGGAACCAACCGGAGGCUUGAACGAAGACUGCGCACAUAUGAUAUUAUUGAAUUCCAAACUUGAUGUUUACGAUGGUGGCUGUACUGGUCCCCAUCGAUUUGUUUGCGAAAGUGACUCUGCAUGA